AUGAUCAGUAAAGAUUCAUCACCUAAGAAAUAGAAGUUAUUCUCAGACUUCGAGUUACACGAGGGCUGGAUAGAAACUUGUAGAAAUGAAAAGAGAUCUCUCAUAAGGUCUAUUAAGAAUUCAAUUGAUUAUGGUUUCGCUAAGGAUAAAAAGAGAGCUCAAUAGAUUUUGAAUAUAGAGCUAGAUAAUCAAUCAGACUCAGAAAAUGAUCAUAAAUAGUCAGAGCUGGAGAAGUCUAACUAAAACAUCUACCAAUCAGAAAAGUUCAAACAGAAAUUGCCACAAAAUGCCUCUGCUAAAAAAAGUGAAAUGUCGUUCUUCGAUCAGGUAAUGAGCAUGCGAUCAGAUCACUACUUAGCUCUUGAAGAAAAACGAAUGGGCUUUACUAAGAAACGAUUGUUUAAUAAGAGUGAUACUAGAUGCUUGCAAUCCAAGAUUAACCUUAAAUUUCCAAUAAAGACCAUGCUUAAAGAAAAGUCAAAGGAAAAGUUACAAAUUAAGGAAGGCGUCAUUGAGGAGUUCGAGAAGAAAUACUCAGCAAUGUGUAACCAACAAUAUUAAAUCAAGAAAAAUAGAGAUGUCAGUCCCUCUAGUCCAUUUGAUAAAGAUAAUAUCCCGCCUUUGUAAUAUCUGCAGAUGGAUUAUAAAAUCCCUAAUAGUCCUAAUAAAUAAAAACCUCAGGAUAUAGAUAUAUCAAAAGUACCUCUCGCAGGUAGAUUGUCUGAACUUGGCGAGAAGAUUUUAAGCUUAGGAAGCAAGAAGGCUUAGUAUCUAACUACUUUCUAAAUGGGUCAAGGUCAGCCUAAAUAAGAAGAAUUGAAAAUCAAAACCAACAAUUAAGUCUAUGGAAAUCCAUUUAAUGCUUAGCAAGAGGGAAAGCAAAAAUAAGAGUAACAGAGGUUGAAAUUUCCUAAAAUUGGUUCUUUUAGUUAACUUAAGGACUCUGAUGAGUUAAAUAAAGCAUAUGAAAAACUUUUCAAUGGGAAUUUAGAUGCCAGUACUCUAAAAUAGUUUAUGAGCUCUUAAAUAGUAUCUCCUGUUAACAGAUCUAGACCUUUGAAUGAAGUUAAGUUAUCUUAGAUUGAGGAGUAAAGUCAAAUUUCAAGAUUCAAUGAUAAGCUACUUAAUGGUUUGAAAGAGAAGAGAGAAGCAAAAAAGCUUAGACGAUCUUUGGAUAGGUCAAGCCAGAAAAUAUCACUUUCCUAAACUUAGAACCAGUUCAUUUAGUAACCGUAGUCAACCAGACACAUGAAUUAAUCAAUGUUUUCAGGAAUCAAAUUUAAUGAUAAAAAUGAUGGGGCUAAUGCAGGUAAUGGAACUGGCUACAAUAGCCAGUAAAAUAGUGCAGCUAAGGAAAGAGGAGAAACCGAAUUGAUGAAGAAAAUGAGACUAGAAGGUAUUCUCAAGAAUAUAGUCAAAAGUAAGCCUUCAAUGGGAGCUAAAUAAGAGGGUAUGUCGUAUACCAAUAGACUAAGAAGUUUGGUUAAUGAAUGA